AAGACAAAAUAACAGUUAACGACUGUUAUCAUCUUGCUCUAUAUAAGAAACAAGGUGUUAUUAACAUCAUCACUCGGUGGCGUUUGGCGUGUAGAGUAAGGUUGGCGGCCGCUACCAUGUCCGUUGGUCUUCCGAAACCUGCGACUGUGGAUAAAGGUAUUUUAUCAAAAGUACGCGAUGAAGAUGUUCCGAAAAUGCUCUUCCUCUCUGUCAAUCCUAAUAAGAUUGAAGAGCAAGAGACAACCUGCGCGGCCUCUGGCUAUACCGACGGCGUCAGUAUCGGCAAGAAAGUCGUGGUGACAGAAUUCCGAGGCGAAGACACGUCAGAUUCCGUCACAAGAUUAUUGGAGAAAUUUGAGAGAUCUUUGAGAGAGAAGAGCAUAAACCAAGUACGCCGCGAGCUGCAACUCCGCAUCCUCAAACUCAGCAGUGUGGAGUUUAACACCAACACCCUGAGCACCCUGGAGAGUAACUUCUCCGACGAAAACGAUCAGCUCAGCAACGAGGAAGAAGAUAUUCUGGAAUUCACCGAAAUCUUCGAGAUGUUCAACAUAUCCGCGCCCGAGAAUAUCAAAGUCAAUUUCGGGAAUAUCAUUUCGAGCAAGAAGAUUCCGCUGAAGAGGGGCGACAUCGGGCAUUAUAGCAAGAAGACCUUCUUCGUAUACGCGGAGAACAAGAUCAUGAUGAAAAUCUGCGACUCCCUCACUCCCCAGGACGUUUAUUGCCUCUACGAGAUCAUACGGGAGUCGAAGGCCAUAGAGAAUGAUGACAAAGUGAAGGACCUUUUGUCUCAGGAGAUAGACCAAGAGGCGCUGGCGAAAGUGCGUGGCUUAAAGGACGUGGCCUUCUACUACCUCACGCUCAUAAUGAUGAGGAAACGACUCCUCAACCGCCUUUACACUCACAGACUCGUUUUCCUCUUCGAUCAGCUGAAGGCAAUGAAGAGAGGACAAGACCCUAAUAUCGAUCGCAUUCUGGACACCCUCAACCGAUACCCCGUGGCUUCUCGACCUCCAGGACUGUGCAUCGUGUUCAACAUGAUGGAGAACAGGAACGGGGCAGCCAAGGACCUCGUCAAAGUGAAGGAGCUGUUUGAAAAGGAAUAUAAGUUUGAUGUCUUCGUGAAAAUUGACCCCACAGCUGAAGAGAUAAAGACAAUUGUUAGCAAACUCAAGGCAGCUAGGAACAAGUUUUACGACAGCCUGGUCGUGUGGUUCAUGGGCCACGGAAACAAGACUUACCUUACUGUGAAAAAUGAACAGCGCAUUCAUCGACGCACCGACCUCAUCCAACCCUUCACGGAAAUUGAGUGGUUUAACAAGAAGCCCAAACUGUUCUUCAUACAGGCGUGUGCUGUGAAGAAAGAUCGAAAGAGGUUUUCGUCAACGUCGCAGCCCAAGGAACUGUCGGCUCUCCAGACAUCCACUGACUCCAUCGGAUGGCGCGCCCCUGCUAGCAACGAGUGGCAGGACAAGUACGCCAGUUAUACAGACGUGUCUCAGGUGAACUCCUUCGCUGACACGCUCAUCUCCUACGCGACCAUGUGGUACCAGUACGCUUCUAGAGGCGAGGAAGGUUCUCUGUACGUUGACACACUAGUGGACCAGCUGAGGCAAUAUGGGUGCAAGGAGAGCGUUGAAAAUGUUCUUCGUCGUGUUCACUAUAACGUGAACACAGUGGCUCUUUUGCACAGUGAACAGGGCCAGGACAUUACGUGGAAGCAGGCACCCUACUUUGAAUCCUCACUACAAAAGGCUUUCAUAUUCCCAAAGCCUGAAAGAGUAGUGGUAAAUUGAAGGAUUUGUAACCAUACAGUACAGAUAUAUUUGCACACUUAUGCAGUUACAACCUCCCAUGAACAUGCCUACAAGGUAAGUACCUUUUUUAUAUAAUGUCAUUCAUUUCAUAUCUGGCUGUAAAGGAUUGUUUGUUAGAAGGAAUUACGUGUUAUUCUAGUCAUCAUCAGUGUACUCAAAAGCUGUUCGAAAUUCAGCAAGAAUUAUUAAUGAUUUACUUAUGUAUUUGUUAAAUGAUUACAUUGAUAAAUUGUUCCUUUUAAUUCUUGUGUAACAUUAAUGAUUAAUUCAUAUGCGAUCUGCCUUUUAAACUGUAAAGAACCUACUUAGUCAUAAAAUUUUAACAACAUUGCUUUGAUCUCUGGAAUAAGAAUGGUUUUGGCUAUGGACCCUUCAUCUUCUAUCUUUAUCUAGAACAAUUACUAUAUAAAAGAUGUCUUCCACAUGACUCAUUAGCCUUUGGUGAUAACCAACAGAAAUGUAGUGGAAUAUUCUUAUCUGACCUGAAUGGCAAAUUAUCAUAUGCAAACAGGUGACUGGGAAAAAUGCAGAUAUCUGAAAUACUGUGAGUCUUCUCUGAAUUAAUGAACUGAAAGCAGUGGAAAUAUAUAUUUGUCCGAGAUACACGGAAAGCAAUGCAAUAAUGGAUAAUACUUACUCAAAAACCUCUGAAAAUCAAACAGUUAUGCGACCUAUCAAACACUUAGAUUAUUUGAAGAAUGCUAUUUUCUGUCCAGCUGGGGCCACAUAUAUCACUAAUAUUAAUAUUCCACUUGUUAAAAUAUGCUAAUAAAGUGAAAAAAGGAGAUGAAUUCCGAGAGAAAGAUGAUGUUUGGCUGCAGCUCGGUACAAACAGUUUAGAACAUUUGACGAAAUUACAAUGUUUUUUUACUUAGCUAUCAAUGAGCAGAGGCAUCAGCAAGGAACAAAGAGGAAACAGCCACCCAACCACUUCUGACUCAAUAGCUUCUUCAGAACAUACAUCUUACACUCACUGAGAUAUGAGACACCAGUUUGCUUACAACGUUUGACUUCAGUGAUGAGACAAAGAAAUAUGAAGUCUUAAUACAUUUAAACUGACAUUUAGACGAUUCACAAUUGUGUAUGGUAUAUGUCCUCUUCUAUGAUCAUCAAUGAACCACAGAAGCACUCUUAUUUAUUAAUAUGUUUUUGUGUUAUUAACUAAUGUAUACCCUUCUGGAUAAUCAUGUGUACAAACUAUCUAUUUAGUUUCCAUUAUUUUUCCUUUCUUGAUGCAACUACAGUGUCUAUAAACUGAAUAUGCAUUUUGUUAAUACUACUUCUGUUUCUAUAUAUUUUACUCUCUGUAUUUUAUUUUCCCUUGUUCUACUAAAUGAAAUAAUGACGAGGGCUUCAUUUGUAAGAAGAUCUCUUCUAAAUCAACAAUCAAAUAUUUUCUUUGAAUUCAUGUAAUACAUAAAAUUGUACCACUGCACAUAUACCUUUAUUGUAAUAAUCCUUGCAAGAAAAUGAAUGCCAGAGAGAGCAGGUGGUGUCUAUUUUAACUAAUAUUAUAAAUAACUGCAACAACAUCCAUUACUUCUUUAUAAAUAUAUGCCAUGCUCCCAAUCUGUGGUUUGGACUCAUA